CCGUCAAAAUGGCGGCUUCAGGCAGAAAAUUAUCUCUCUGAGUUUGAUCAACAAAAGAGCAACGCUGAAGGCGAAACGAAAAGCAAAGUAAGCUGGCAACAGUCACUACAGCUGGAGAAAUCCUAUAAGCAUCAGCAGAGGUGGACGACUACCGGUCUAUGAGAGGAGUAUAAUUCACCGGACUGUGAAUUCCGAGCGCGGGCCCACUGCAGCAUAGCUCAGGAUGGCCGAGUUAACAGACGGUACAAUCGUUUGGGUCAAGUUGAGCAACUGCUGGUGGCCUGGCGAGGUGAUGGGCGAUGAGCGGCUGUCGGAAGAUUUCCUUUCCUCACUCCGAAAGAAACCGCUAGCUGUGGUAAAGUUCUUCGAUGAAGAUGCCUAUGAAUACGUAAAAAAUCCCAACUUCAUUUUCAAGUACAACUGUCUCCGAAAGAAUGAGUUCCUCCGAAAGGGCAUGGAGCAAUACCGUGCCAAGAAUAAGCACAUGGAAAAGUUCCCAGCAGACGUGAUGCACGCCGAACGAAUGACGGGCGGUGAUCCCAAUAUUGUGAACUCGACCGAUUUCCUCAGUCCUAAAAAGGAACGUUAUUCGGGUUUGUUCCAGGAUUCCAACAAGACCCCGAAAGGCAAACUACCCAAAACGCCAUCAUCAAGUGCCGGUCAGAUACCGACAGUGGUUGGUCGUAAGACAAUACAUGAGGUACGCUUUCUCACGCAACCAUCAUCGUCGAACGGGACUGCACGCCCAUCCGAUGUCAGCAACCGGAUGGAGAGUGCAUCUCCGCUAGCACCGACUGUGUCGCCCGCUGCAACAUCGGCAGCGAUUGCGGGGUCUCAGCUAUACCACUGUCACAAAUGCGGUUUCAGCAGCAGUCGACAAAAUGUGAUUGUUAUUCACAUGAAAAAUUGCCGGGCUGUUGGAGGUGGCGCUAGCACUAACUUUACUCCACCGAGACGUCCUCUCCAAAGCACUGAGUCGAUGUUGGAAGCCAGUCGACGCAGUGUAUCCUUAUCUUCGGAAACUCCCAAACCAUCUGCUACUCCCGUCGCUACUGAUACCGAACGCGUAGAAAAGCAAAAGGAGCUACUACAUGAGAAAUCGCUCGAGGAAGAAACCGUACCCGCUACCAGUCGGAUAAGAGCCAGUAGAACUCAAAAGGUUGCUGCAACUGUUUCGGCAAAGAAAGUGACCGCUGAUCGUCGCAGAGGCAGGCGUGGUACCCAAGGAAAGAAACUGCUCAACACUGACAGCGACGAAGAAAAGGAUGACGUUCCGAAGGAAUCAUCAAAUGAACCGGAUCAGGUGGAAAAUCAAGCAAACACAGGCGACCGAAACCGGGAGCCGUCGAUGGUAGAGCAGGUUAAAGCAGUCAAAGGGAAAACAGAUGCAAAACUGAAGAGCGAGCUGUUGGCCGAUUGGAGCGAGGACGAACAGGACGACGACACGGACGAGACAGAAAAAAGUUCGGAAAAGAAGGCACCGAAGAAGGAACCAAUUGCGACCACUCCGCCAGAGGCACAAGAAGGGGAAACACGCUCCGAUUCGGAGCCGAAUCAAAAACAUCAGUCUCCCAGUGAUGAAGAAAGUGGCACAGCGAAGACUUCCGACAAAGAAACGGUGUCCGUCGAAAUGUCGCCUUCAAAUGCAUCGCAUACCGGGUCAGCGUCGUCGUCGGCAACAACGGCGCUUCCGCUUGCCUCUCCCUCGGGUACAACGAUCAAGUACCGAAAUAUUCCCAAAAAACAGAAACGCGAGUACAUCGAAGUGACCAACGAUGAUCCGUCAGUGCAGGAGAAAACGAAGACGGUUUCCCGCGAAACCAGCGGUGCCUCGCUGUCGAUAAAUGUCGGUUCCACCGAAGCUCUGAUUGGUAAUGGAGUGGGGACGUCUGCAUCUGUCGCAGAGCGGCCCAUAAGUGCCAAGCAACUUAUUCUUAAUCGUGCGACUCGCGGUUCAAGCAAAUCGCUCAGUGGUGACGAAACAGCGUUAGCAGCAGUAACAGCAGCGGCAAAAGCAACAGCAACAGGCAAGUUGGCAUUGGGCGAUGGUAAACUGUCGAUUAAUCACGACAAGGUUGAUGCGAAGGGUCACUACAAAAAGGAUAACCAGCAAAAAUCGAAGGAUACUGUGGAGCAUGGCAAAGACGAGAACUCUUGUUUCGAUUUUAAAGAUGACGACGAAGGAGAACACAACGUAGAAGCUACACAAUCACAACCAUCGGUAUCGGCAACGAAAACCGAAAACAAGGAAACAUCGGUUACUACGAUGCAAAGGAAGUCGGGUGCCCGAAAUGAACGCGGCACUCUUGCCAACGACGAUGCAUCACAGAGCCAUGUUGCAGAGGAGCAGCAGCAGAAGCAAGACUCUAUUUCCGAAGAAGCCGAUCGUGAUGCCAAGCUCAGCAAGGAGAUCGACUUUUUACUGGACGAAACCGAUGUACCGAAAUUGCCGGAUGAUUUGGAUCGUGCUGUCUCUGAAAAGGUCGAUUGCAAUCGUGUA